AUGUGGAUGCAGAAAGUGUUCAUCUUCCUGGCCAGCACCCUGUUCUUGUGUUCCGCACAACAGUGGAUGUUGGAUCUGGACUUUCAGACACUCCCGGAGGCACAUUCGAACACCGAGUGUUGCGCGUAUUUCCAGUACAAUCAACGGAGUGGAUAUUGCAGAGCCAAAAUUGUCAGUUUGACCCUGUACUUGUACUAGGUGUAAGAUGGAAAAGAGGUAGAAGGAGACUACUGAUUUUGACGAAACUUGGCAGAAAAUUACUGUAGGGCCUAGUAAUUAUUUCGAGAAAAUUUCAGCUCUCGGCGUUGGGAAAUAAACGAGAUAUAACAAUUUUAACUGAAAACGAGCCCUAUUUUUACAGUAAUCUCUCAAUAUCUCCGCAGUCUCUGCAAAACGCGGUCUGAAACUUUCAGGCCUUGAUUUGAUUAUCAUUUGGAAUAGUUUAGCCAAAAAUUUUAUAAAUCGGGAUGUUAAACUUGAUCCACUCUUCUUGGAUAUUACACAUGACAUAGCACGCUGAAAAUCGCUCAAAUUUAUCUCUUAUCAUGAUUUUUGUAAAUCUCAACUCAUAAUUGUUCGUUUCAGCCAGCUGGAGUCCCCAACCAUCAUAAGAAGAAGUUCUGCGAAAUGGCCCAAGCGGCCCUCUACAAUGGUAUGUGUAAUGUCGAAAAAUCCCGAUUUUUGGCAAGAAAAUGACAAAUCUUUUCUUGAUAUAUGUUUUACAGGCUAUAAUACGCUUUGUAAAACACUAUUUGCCCAGUUUUUUCGGAAAAUUUAUAUUACACUAGACAAAAAUUUCUUUUUUUUUUAAUUUUUUCCUAUUUUUUAGACAAACUUUGUGUGGCCCACAUUCCGAAAGCCACCAAUCGCGGAAAGUCGGGCGAAUCAUCGCAAGAUAUGGCUUAA